AUGACCUCCUUUUCGUUUGGCCAAUGGAUAGAACAAGUAUGGGGGGGUACAAGGCCCCCUGGCGCAUACAACGUCUUGGGGUAUUUUUUGUUUGAUGUUGGCCGUGCUUUGAUGCAGGUCAUGGUCAUCGGCCGUUGGUGGAUUGAGGUCGCAAGCGACGUCCUAAUUGGGAUCCUCGAUAAACCGACGUUAUCACGUGAUAAUAGAUAA